GGCCGUCGCAUCGGCCGCGCGUAUAGACCUGCGUACGCGCACCACGCGAUAACAAAACACGAUAGCGCACCGCCCGCCGCGCAUCGCCUAGCACGAAAACUGCAUCGGCACGAUAGUAGUGACGAACGCGACAAACAAUAACAAAAAAUUGUUUUGAGUUGGUCUAGAAAUAUAACAACAAAGAAAAUGGUAAUGCAUCGACGAUAAUUCAAUAUUAAACGUCAUGUGCAAAAACAAUAAAAUGGGCAGCGGAAGGUUUGGUUUUAGUAUUAAGAAGGACAAAGGGAAUGUGGAAAGUGCUAAAACUGAGUUCAGUAUUAAGGAAAAAUGUCGCAAAAUUCAGAAGAAAUUGAAGAAGACUGAAAAACAGAAGACUGAAGCUAACGACAAGGAGAAAACGAUUUGGUGGAAUCAAUGCAAUAGCUUGAGCGAAAUUGAUCAGUACCUAUGGAUGGUCGGAGGUUCCGCGGGUGCAUUGGCGCUGACUGGUGUCGCCGCGGCAUCUGCCUUCUACCUCAGCACCAGGCCCAAGCCCGAGAAGCCACUGGUCACACUCCAUGAGCAGAGUCUUCUUGAAGCGGGGCCUGAGAUGGUUCGCGUGUCCAAAUUUUAUAAAGACGCUAAAAAUGGCAAAUAUCUUCGGUAUCUUCACGAGGACACUCGAACACUUUACGAAACUUUCCGCAGAGGAGUCAGAGAAUCUAAUAAUGGCAACUGUCUCGGGUGGCGCGAGGGACCAAACAAGCCCUACGUAUGGCAGAACUACAACGAGACACUGCUCCGAGCUAAAAACUUCGGUUCCGGACUUAUAUGCCAAGGCCUUGUACCUGGUCAAAACACUUUCGUGGGUAUUUAUUCACAAAAUUGUCCCGAAUGGAUAAUGACAGAACAAGCCGCCUACUGUUAUUCAAUGGUCAUUGUACCAUUGUACGACACAUUAGGAGCCAAUGCAUGUGCCUUCAUUGUUAAUCAAACUGAAAUGUCAGUGGUUGUAUGUGAAGAUGACAAGAAAGCAAACCUGUUGCUCGAUCAAUCUCCACGAUGUUUGAGGAAGUUGAUCACGAUCAAGGAAGUGUCCCCGUCGACGCAUCAAAGGGCCAAAAGUCGCGGCGUCGAAAUACUCAAGUUCACCGACGUAGAAAUUCAAGGAGCACAAAAGGAUCAUCCUUGUGUUCCUCCAAGACCAGAAAGCAUUUGCACGAUCUGCUACACCUCAGGCACGACUGGAAUGCCAAAAGGCGUGAUGCUGACGCACGAGAAUGUGGUAGCCUCUAUGUGCAGCGUUACUAUGCAGUUGGGUGAACAUCGGCCUACAAAGAAUGACGUCAUGAUUUCCUUUCUACCACUAGCCCACAUGCUUGAGCGGUGUUGUGAGAAUGCUCUCUACAUGGUAGGCGGAGCAGUUGGUUUCUACAGUGGAGAUAUCAGAAGACUAGCUGAUGAUCUGACGGCUUUGAAACCAACGAUGAUGCCAGCGGUGCCGCGUCUUUUAAAUAGACUCUAUGACAAGGCUCAGUCCGAAAUUUCCAGUUCGAAGAUAAAGAGACUGCUCUUCAAUAUGGCACUUUCCGCCAAGGAAUCAGAAUUGAAGAGAGGAAUUGUUCGCGGAGACUCAAUAUGGGACAAGCUAGUGUUCCGAAAGGUUCGCGAGGGUAUGGGCGGUAGAUUGCGCAUCAUGGUCGUCGGAUCUGCACCACUUGCUGGAAACGUUCUUACCUUUGCUCGCUGCGCUCUUGGAUGUCUGAUCGUGGAAGGUUACGGGCAGACAGAGUGCACUGCACCGGUGACUCUAACGGUUCAGGGCGAUCACGUCCCUGAACACGUCGGGCCUCCCGUCGCUUGUUGUAAAGUGAAGCUUGUGGACGUGCCCGAAAUGGAAUACUACGCGGCGCAGGGUCACGGCGAGGUAUGCGUGCAGGGGGCCAAUGUCUUCAAGGGCUACUUCAAGGAGCCUGAGAAGACCAAGGAAGUCAUAGACCAGGACGGCUGGCACCAUACCGGAGAUAUUGGCAAAUGGCUACCGAAUGGCACCCUAAAAAUUAUUGACAGAAGAAAACACAUCUUUAAACUGUCGCAAGGUGAAUACAUAGUUCCUGAAAAAAUAGAAAACAUUUACAUAAGGAGUCAGUAUGUUGAGCAAGUCUUCGUGCACGGCCAAUCACUGAAGUCGUGUGUGGUAGCAGUAGUGGUGCCAGACGUGGACGUCGUGAAGUGCUGGGCGCUGGAGAACGGCAUCAAGGGGACCUUCUCGCAGCUUUGCGAGAAUGAACAAGUCAAGAAGGUCAUCUUGGACGACAUGUUGCAGUGGGGCAAACAAGCUGGACUUAAGACUUUUGAACAGGUGAAGGAUAUUUACCUACAUCCGGAUCCGUUCUCUGUUCAGAACGGCCUACUGACGCCGACAAUGAAGGCAAAGCGGCCCGAGAUACGAAACUACUUCAAACCCCAGAUAGAGGACAUGUACAAACAUCUCGAAUAACGUUAAAAUAAAUGGCUUUAAAAUAAAUAGCUAUAGGGAAAUUUUGUAUGACAUACAACAGCAAUUGUAGAUCAAACACAGCUUGAUAAUUAUUGACACAAACUGGAACGUUAUAACAAAUAUAAAUAAAGUUUAUAUCAAGCUAUCCUGUACAUUUUGUCAGAGCGGUUCAGUUGAAUUUAGGAUUGUGCUGUGUGACUUCACCAUUUUUUUAUAAAUUACAACCUGCAGAAGUUUUUGACAUCUCGCUCGGACGUGUUUCGAAAAUUGUGGAACCUCGUGAAACAGUGAAACCAUACGUGUAUACGCCACGCUUUAUUUGAGCGACGUCUCAACUUAAUUUCUACGGGUCUUACCUAUUACAGUUAAAUGUGUCAUAUCAUUUAGUCACUUUUCACUUCACUAAUGCAAUAUUUACAUGUACAGAAUAAAAUUAACUUGAUAUAAUAUUCAAACCGCUUUUAGUCGCAGUAAAUAGCGUAGUAUAAUAAGACAAAUUUGUAUGUGUGUGUGCCCGCCGCGUGCCGUGUACGGAUGCACACAUUUGCAUAAUUUCGCUGGAAAGCACUGGUCGUCACAAGCGCCUUUCAUUAUUAUGUGAAUGUGUACGUCCGUACACGGCGCGAUGGGCGUGCACACAUACAAGCCGCGCUGCUGUUUUGUAUGGAGUUACCAUACUUGUCUUAAUAUACUAUUGUAAUAGUAACCUUAUAAUUUUCAAUUUUAAAAAUGUAUAAUAUUAUAGUGAAGCUUAGAAAUAAAUGAAUAACUUUCACACAAGUGUGAUAAAAAACGACGUUUCUUGUACAGUCAAUUAAUUUUGGAAUUCGCACUUUGGCACUCAUUGCAAAAAGUCUUUAGGUACUUAAUUAAACAUCAACUCGUCGCAAUCGUAAUGUCCAUGAUGGGUGAAGAUUUUAAGAUCAAUAAAUACAAUUUAGGUCAUUUAAGCAAUUUUCAAGUAGGAUCAAAAAGUUAGAGUAGAAGUCGAGGCGGUCCUAGCAAAAUAAAUUUUAAUUAAUUCAGCACCAGAGUCUCACGUUGUGAAUUUAUAAUUUGAUAUUGGUCGAUUUAUUGCACACUCGACUUAGCAAAUGUUAACUUUCGAUAAAAAUCGAUACGUUGUUACUGGUGGAGUAAGGCAGAUAUUCACAGAGGAUUGGUCGAUAAUAAGAGGAUUUAACAGAUUUUUGUUCAUUGCGUCCAUGUUUUCAUUGCAUAAUACGCCUUCAUCUGAACAGGGAAAUUGCUGCUUCCUACAUAAUAUAUAGCAUUGACACACCUUAGGACCUUUACACACAGCUCUGACAAACUUAGUUUAUGAACUACAUAACUAUAGAAUUAGAACACAUACUAUUUGUGGCUAAGUUAAAAUAAUUAGUAAAUACUCAUAAAAGUGUACGCCGUGCCUUUUACAUAGGUACAUAAAAUGUUUCAAGAGGAAAAUAGAAUUAUGCAUGGAAUACGUGUACCUACAGUAAGUGAAUUUCAGUUGUCGUAACUUUGUAUAAAUGUUUAUGAAAAUUAAAGUGACCAGUAGGGAUAACAUGGUAGGGCGCGACUUGCUCGAGA